UCAGGAUAAUAAUGAAGCGAGGAGGAAAACUCCCCGGCUGACUGCUCCGUUCCCUUCCUCCGCUUCUGCUUCAUCAAUCUCUUCCCCCAAAUUGCCCAAACUCCCAAAAUUGAAUUUUGAUGAUCACAAUCAACAGUGUGAUGAAGAUUUGUGUAAAAAGUUGAAUCUUUUCUUCAUUUUUCAUAUUAAUUCAUAUAUAUUAUUGAAAUUUGUGAAAAUUAAUCAUGGCCUCGCCGGCCGAGACGCCGCCGGGCAGCCGUCGUCGCCGCCACCCGAAUUUCCUCUCCGGCCUCUCAGCUUCUACCUUCCUCUCUCUCCUCCCAACCCCCAAGGCGGCGCCGCCACCCUUUGCUGCCCCUGCUCCUCAACCUCCUCCGUCCAAAGUCUUCCUACCUCUUCGCUUCGACUCCCCCACCCCACCCGACUCAGUGCAAUCCAAGUCGGCGGCUACGCUUCAGGGGCCUUCAGAGUCUCGCUCCGGGUCCGGUUUCCCGUCGACGAUGAGGAUUGCGGGGCUCAACUCCAGCGGUAAGGGCGGUGGGCCGGCCUUCGUUGGCCAGGUGUUCAGCAUGUGCGACCUCUCCGGCACAGGCCUGAUGGCUGUCUCCACCCACUUCGAUAUUCCCUUCCUCUCCAGUAGGACACCUGAGUGGCUGAAGAAGCUGUUUGCCACUAUCACCAAGAGCGAGAGGAACGGCCCCGUGUUUCGGUUCUUCAUGGACUUAGGCGAUGCAGUCACUUACGUUAAGCGACUGAAUAUCCCGAGCGGAGUGGUGGGUGCUUGUCGACUUGAUUUGGCAUAUGAGCAUUUUAAGGAAAAGCCACAUUUGUUCCAGUUUAUUCCAAAUGAGAAGCAGGUCAAAGCCGCGAAUAAGCUUCUCAAAACGAUGCCACAGAGCGGACGGAGUAAGCGAGUUGAUGGUGUCCCCAUCUUCAGUGCUCAAAACUUGGAUAUUGCAAUAGCAACCUCAGAUGGUAUCAAGUGGUAUACUCCAUACUUUUUUGAUAAGAACAUGCUCGACAACAUUCUGGAGGAAUCUGUUGAUCAGCAUUUUCAAUCUAUGAUCCAAACACGGCAUGUGCAACGGCGGCGAGAUGUAAUCGAUGAUAACUUGGCAGCAGAAGUGAUGGAAGAAAGCAGAGAUAGUCUGUGGGAACCCCCCGAGGUUCAGGAAGUUCUGGACGAAAUGGGCCACCCAGGAAUUCCCUUGAGUGUCAUUUCAAAGGCUGCUGAAGUGCAGCUCCUUUAUGCUGUCGAUAAAGUUAUCUUGGGGAAUAGGUGGUUGCGGAAGGUGACCGGAAUUCAACCGAAAUUCCCUUACGUAGUGGACUCAUUUGAGAAAAGGAGUUUGAUUUCCUCAUUGAGAGCCUCUAAGCGGACCUGCUGCCUGGCAAGCUCUAUGUCUCCUGAAUCUUCUCAGGGAGUGAUUUCGAGGAUUGAACACGAGUUUGAAGGUGAUGCUCGAGAUAAUCAACUGCAAGGAUCGAACUUUCCUUCUAGAGAUUGGUUUAGACACCCAUGGUUAGAAGAACAUCAGAGCGGCGCAAAUAUAUUUGCAAAGCAAAAGAUGGACCCGAGCCCUUUUCUUCCAAAGAUCACGAUGGUUGGUAUCUCAACUGGGGAAGCUGGGCAGAUGAGCAAAGCUAACUUGAAGAAGACAAUGGAUGAUUUGACUAAAGAGCUGGAGCGAACUGAUCAUGGGAAUAAUAACAACCCAGAUGGUGGCCGUAGUGAUGAUGAGUCGUCACAAGCGGAAGAAAGGGACCCUCUAUUUGUGGCAAAUGUUGGGGAUUACUACUCGGGUCUCUCAAAAUCGGGAUCAACCCGAUGGGUUCGUGGAAGAGGCAACUAGGAAAUAUAGUUCACCUUCACUUGCCCCGUCAUCCCCUGUACAUUUUUUGUUCUCUCUUGUAAACUUAGCUGUAGGGGCUGAAAUAAAACUGAAAAAUGUAGAAUAGUGAGUACGGCAUUGAUAGCAUGUUAAAUCAAAGUUUUGCAGAACCGAUGGAACUGUAAUGUUAAUUAUUACGUUAACGAUAUUUAAUACAUCUGUUGUUUUUUGGACUUAA